AGCAGAACAAUAAUUAUUUAGUUCUAGUAUAGAAGAACUAGAACAACACUAUACCAAAGCAAGCUGUGGGUAUUGGUUUCUUAAUAAUAUUGGAGGAUUUUAAUUUAAGUACAUUUGUCAUCAGUAUUGUAUUGAGUAAUCAUGGAGGAACCUUUAACGACAUUCCAUCUUCACAUUUAGUAUAUUGGAUCCAGUUCAGAACAUUCAAUCAUCAUUAAAUAAUUGUACUACUGUUGUUGUCACAUGGAAUAAUCAAUGUGAAGAUGAUGAUAGGACUUCUAUUCUUUACUAUUAUCUAAGAAUAUAUGAUGAAUUGAUGAUAUUACUGGUAGUUUAAUGGAUACCAUAUCAGUAUAUAAUACAAGUUAUCAGUUUGUCGAUAAUAAUGUAUUUAGUCAUCGCUAUACAUAUGCUAUAACUGGAGUUAAUGAAUUAGGAGAAGGAAUAUCUAAUAAUGAUACAUUCUUAUACCUAAGACGUAGACACACACUAUUACAAUAGCUCUUUUGUAAUGCCAUUUAAUCUUACAUGUAGUUCCAAAAUCAACUGCAGAAAACACGUCCAUUGACAUACUUUUCUCUACAGAAGAUGUGACAAUAGUCCAGUUCACUAUUCCAAUAUAUAGAGUCACAAUUAUGCUAAAUACUUGAUUCAUAUUGUUAAUUUUUUAAAUUAUAGAUUAUACUGGAAUGUACUAAUGAAGACCUUGAACACCUUACAGUUACAGUAAUAUGUAAUGAGACUGAUAUUCAUUACAGUGUAAUGUACCUAGUGAAACAUAUGAAUGCUAUAACAGGAUUUGUAUCAAUGCCACUGUAUCAAGAGUGCAAUAUCACUAUUAUAUUCAGUAAUGGUGCUGGUAGUACUGAACCAUUUAUACUACCACUUGAUACACAUCCUGUUUCAGCAGGUCUUAUUGUUAAUGUUGCUAUUUUGACAUCAUUGGGUAUCAUCAUAUUAUCGUUAAUGAUGUGUCUCACUGUAUCAGUUUGUUCUGCCAUUAUCUACAAAAGGAAAUUGCAUAGGGCUGGUACCUCAUUACAAAAACAGAAAGCAUCUACUGCAACUAAUGAAGCAUACCAGAUUAACAGUUUAAUGAUUUAUAGUAAUCCAGUUUAUGAAGAAAUAGAAGGAAACAGAAGGGAAUUAAUCAACAAUCCAGUUUAUGGAGAAGUAAAAGGUAGCAAACGAGAAUUAAUCAGUAAUCCAGCUUAUGGAGAAAUAGAAGGCAGCGGAGGAGAAUUAGUCAAUAAUCUAGCUUAUGGAAAAAUUGAAGGCAGUAGUUAUUAAUCAAGAAAUGGGCUGCUUGUGAAAUUAACAGUAUAAUCUACAUUGUACAGUUACAUGCACAUUAAAGUGAAUUUUAUUUCAACUUUACCAAAUACAAGAUUUAAAGUUGUACCUCCAUGUAGUUUUGAAAUAAUCAAACACACAUUUACUUUAA